UGUUAUCAAAUAUAUCACAAAUUAUCGAUCUAGAUAAAUGCAUAUAAAUUGAAUUAUUAUUUCAUAUCUGUGAUUAGUUUAGUAUCGAGAAAAUUAAUUUUCCAUAUUUAGAGCAAAGUAUAAAAUAAUCUCAGCUCCUUACUCUGUGAAAAUGGAUCAAAACGGUGCAAAUACUGACAAUAAAAAUCAAAAUGGAACUACCAUUGUGUCUGCUGUGGAUGGAAUCUUUAGUAGGAGCGAAACUACUAAACCACCGAUUGUACCAGAGCCGGACUCUGAAGUUUAUGCCAAGAAAACCAAGCGGGGCAUGGCUAUUAUAUUCAAUCAUAAGGAUUUCUUGAUUCCUUAUUGCUCAACUAGAAACGGAACUGAAAAAGAUAGAGACUGUUUGGUACAGGUACUGAGAGAGCUUGGAUAUGAAGUAUACGUUCACAAUGAUAGGACCUAUGAGCAAAUAAUGAAAAUUUUAGAUCAAGCUUCAAAAAUGGACCACACAGAUCACGAAUCGCUGUUGAUUGCCAUAAUGUCUCACGGGGAAGAAGGCCUACUGUAUGCCAAAGACACGCAUUAUCCAACAAAUAGGCUCUGGAGAAAAUUUUCACCAUUGCAUUGCCCCACUCUAGCUGGAAAACCAAAAUUAUUCUUCAUACAGGCAUGUAGAGGAAGCGAAACUGAUCCCGGAGUAAAAGUGUCCUAUACAGAAACGGAUUCAUUGAGCACGACCACAAACCAAACAUACACAAUUCCUGUAAUGGCGGAUAUUCUGAUUAUGUACGCUACUGUUGAAAAUUAUUACGCCUGGCGAGACCCAGAAAAAGGCAGCUACUUUAUACAAGCUCUGAUAGUCCAAUUACGCAAGCACCACGAAUCUAGAGACCUGCUCUCUAUAUUGACCUGUGUUAACCGAGAAGUAGCCAUUGGAUUUACAUCAUCGAAUCCAGAAAAUCCGGGUUAUGACGGUAAAAAGGAAAUGUGCUCCAUAGUUUCCAUGCUCACAAGGAAAUAUUAUUUUACUUAAAUGGCGAAGUAAUUUACUAAUUUAUUCACACUAAUGGAGCUAAAAUGUCAAUUUCUGUAAAU